ACAUUAUGUCAGUAAACUGUUUUACUGUCUUUUUAAAAACUUCUUUAAAACUCUUUUUUUUUUGGCCAUUUCCAUCCACAAGAAACCUGUUGGUCAAAAUAAAAUUCACUAAAAAAUUAAAAUGCAUCAUGAGUGUGAAGAAUUUUGCAGUUGACUGUGAUAAAAGUCACUAAUGCAUGUUUUUAAAUCAGCAUACCAAUAAUAAACUGCAUUUUUUUGUCUGCAGUUUGACAGAUGAACCAGCUGAUGUCUCCACAGUACAACCAGCGCUUCACUUCCUCAUAUUAUAUAAAUACAAGCAGCUUCCAUCAGCUGGAGUCUUUAGUGGACGUUCAGCCUUCAGCUAAGCAGCUUCCUUUGGUUCUAGUGGAUCAUUAAUUAAUGCUUCUGCUGGUUUCAUGGUGUGCAGCUCAGGAGUCACUGAUGGAAACAUCUGGAUUGGAGACAAGGAUGUAGGAGACAAGGAUGGAGGAGACAAGGAUGGAAUCAGGGCAGAUCUUCAGGUUGAUGUGAAACCUGGAGAAGAUGCUCUGCUUCCAUGCAGGGCUGCUGGAGAUGCUGACCUCGGAGUGGCCGAGUGGCGACGAGCAGACAAAAGAAGAAGUCUAGCUGACAUCUUGGUCAUCCGAGAUGGAAAGAAACUCCCUGACCAGCAUCCAUCUGUUCAUGGCCGAGUGAAGCUGAAAGAUCCUGAGAUGAAGAGCAGAGAUGUUUCUGUGAUUCUGAAGAAUGUCACCAUCAAUGACACUGGAACGUACGAGUGUCGCAUCAAAACAGACAGAACCAUCGGAAGCCCACCUGAGCUUGUCAACAUCAUCGAGCUGAGAGUAAAAGACUCAGGUCAGACUGAAGACUCUGAAGAUGAUGGAACGAAGCAUGAAGGACCCAAGAAUGAAGGAACCGAGGAUGAAGGACUCAGUGACCUAACAGCGGUGUUCAAAGUGUUCAUUAUUCUGGCUGGGCUUGCCUUUGUUAUAGUCCUUGUUAUCCGGUAUUCGGAAUUGUUUGUGGCAUUCUGGGAGAUUGCCAGGAGGCCUGCAGCGGCACUGAACUCAUGGAGGAUCUUCCUGUUUAAGUUGUGGUGAAGAAUCCAACAUCUUUGACCACAACGUUACCUCCAAGAGCACCAAAACAAACAGUAGCUACAGGACAGAACUCUAGUUCUAUGGCAGAAGCAGUCAAAUGAGGGUUUCUUAGUUCAUACGGUGAAUUUUAUGUUGUUGAUUGAGAUGUUAGAAAGGAGAAGACUGCUGCUGGACAGAACAACAGUAUCUCAGGGCAUCUCAGAGGUACCGACCCUGCAGCAGGUAGUUUCCUCCCCUGUAAAAGAACAGCCCUGAACCAGGUUCUACAGGGACCGUUAACUAUGGUAGUUUAAGCGUCGUGGGUCUUUGGGGUCCAUAAAAGAAUCUCUCCGGACACAUUCUGUAUCUUUUCAUAACUUUUAGUCCGCUCUAGCCACCGGCUCCUGCUCUCCCUCUUCUCUUCUUCUCUCUCCUACAUCAACCCUCUGCUACCUCCACAGCGCCCCCUAACCUCACUGUCACUUCUGUAUGCUCACAUACUGCAUGUGCAACCAACAGCACAAACAUGAUGAAGAAUAAAUGUCUCCAACAUUACAAUAUUUGUCUAACGUAUUAAUUACAUAUUAAUUUUCAUUCUAACAGUAGCGUCAACGGAAAGUGAACAUCGCAUUGGUUUAGGGGUGUAACGGUACGUAUGUCAGUAAGUCCAGGACGUUUAGUUCGACACCUCCUGAGACACAAACUCUACAGCUUCCAGCAAGAACAUUGUUGUUUUGGCAGAGCACCAGUUGUUGUGUAUUAGCUGUAACAUGCUAACAGGAUUAGCCACCAAAGCUGCAGACAUCAGGCUGUUGUCUGCUGCAGGAGCUUGCAGGUUGUUGAAACACUGAACUUUUGUGCAUGUUCCAACCACAGGAGCCUUCCCUGUAGAACCCCUUUGAUAAAUAAUCUUCUGCAGGGGAGGUACUGCAUCUCUAUCAAUCACUUCUAUGCUGGGCUCAAAGAUAAGUCCCGUUUUUCUGUAGCCAUCAGAUCUUGUCACCAUCAGCAAUGUAUAAUUCUCCAUGUAGACUAACAUUACGACCCCCCAUUGUUCUGUUUCCUACAAUAAUGUCCUGAAACUUGAAAUCGUUUGGGUGAACUCAGAGUUACAUCGUGGAUCUUCCACCACAGUGCUGUCUUCAAACAGAAGUGCUUAAAGGGUUGAUUUCAUGUUUGAUCCUGUAAACACCACCUUGCUGCACUGUUUGGGAUAUUUUAUGGCUGUUGUUUUUUUUAAAUCCCUGAGAGGACGAUGGUGAUUUCAGGUAAACUUGACUGGACAGAUAACACUGACUCUCUGUAUAAGAAGGGUCAGUGUCAUCUAUACCUGCUGAGGAGACUCCCAUCAUUUGGUGUGAGCAGGCCUCUGUUAACUUCAACAUUAACUGCCUUAUUGAACCUGUUACAUGUUGGACUUUCUAUUGUGGUAUUGUGCCUAAGUAUUGUGAAAUUAUGUCUGCUUUCAUUUCCUGUCAUAUUUAAUAAUAAACUAAUGUCAGUACCUAAUAUUAAAGCAGAAGUGGUCAGAGGCUGUUCAACAGACCAGCUGAUGUCUGUUCUUUGAAUUAUUGUGUACAUGAGAAAACCAGGAUUGUGUAUCAGCUUGUAUCAUGUUUUGACCUCUGAAUACACUCAAUAUGAAAAUAGGUUCACUCUGCAUUUCUCUGUCUGAAUAAAUAAAACAAAGAAAAGUGUUGUUUCA